CGGAAGCCCUGCGGAAACACCACGCACGCGCCCUAAGAGUCCUCACCUGGCUUCCGGUUUGGGCGGCGGGCCCCUUUCAGUUUCCGACUCCAGUCAGCGGCAGCCUGGCAAGUCUCGCGGUAUUUGUUGCGGGCGGCUGGCGCUAGCCAGCGCUUAUUCGGGGCGGGCCUUUUUAGCCGCUUUCCCGCGUCUGCAGCUCGGAGUCUCCGGGCUCGGCAACAUGACGUCCGCCUUGGAGAACUACAUUAACCGAACUGUUGCUGUUAUUACUUCUGAUGGAAGAAUGAUUGUGGGUACACUUAAAGGUUUUGACCAGACCAUUAAUUUGAUUUUGGAUGAAAGCCAUGAACGAGUAUUCAGCUCUUCACAAGGAGUUGAACAAGUGGUGCUAGGAUUAUACAUUGUAAGAGGUGACAAUGUGGCAGUCAUUGGAGAAAUUGAUGAAGAGACAGAUUCUGCACUUGAUCUGGGGAAUAUUCGAGCAGAGCCUCUAAACUCUGUAGCACACUGAGGAAGAAUGGCAUUCACUACACAUCUGUAUAUCUUGUAUAGAA